GCUCCACGGGAGCACAGCAGAGGAGCCUCACAUCCUGCUGGAGUGCGACAGCAGCGUCCUGGACUCCAUCCAGCGGCACCUGAAACUCUACAAAAUCCGCAGGAAAGUCACCAUCAGCCCCUGCCCCGACCUGUCCCUGUGGGCUGUCAUCCCUGGGGACACCAGCUCCCUCCCCAAAUGUGCAGACCAGGCUCUGCUCCUCACCCCUGACCCCAGGGCAGAAGUCAUGGGCUGGAGACUGAUUGCAAAGAAAGGAGCAAAUCUGGCAGAGAUUAUCCCUGGCAGCCAAGUUGGAGAUGUUCAGGAUUACCACAGGCACAGGUAUAAACAAGGAAUCCCUGAGGGGGUGAAGGAUCUCCCCCCUGGC